CCCAGAAGUGAACAGUAGGCGACCCGGAAGGUCUGAACUCCGACUGAAGGCAAGCAAAAGGAACAUCUUAUUAUUUUAUAAAAUAUCAUUAAAUCUACCAUCGAGGUGUCAGGAUGGCUGAACCUCGUUUUAAUAAUCCCUACUUCUGGCCCCCACCACCCAACAUGCCUGGCCAGCUGGAUAACCUUGUGUUGAUCAACAAGAUCAAGGAACAGCUGAUGGCUGAGAAGAUCAGACCGCCCCACCUGCCGUCUUCCACAGUUCCCUCCCAACAGCAACUGCUGGGGAAUCCUACACAGACAGAAGGUGGGCAGCAUGUCCAGAUGUCAGUUGAGAAACUGCAGCAGAUGCAACAAGAACUCCAUGCCCACAGCCCGUCCCAUCCAGACAUUGCCCUGCACGCCCGGCCAGCCUCCAGCUCUGUUGCAGGACGUAUUCUUGGUGAUGUAAACUUUAAUCUGGAUGAUAAAACAGCUAUAAAAGCUAGAGGAUUGUGGGAAGACUGGCAUUUGCGUCAAAUCAUAGACCAACCCUCUAGAACGAACCACCUGUCAGGUCUGCCACUUUCCUCUCGAAUGGGCAACCAUAACACCUCAGAGGCCGUCACUCUGACCACACCCAACUCCAAUAGUCUGAGCCGACUAGGCGGAGCCCCCUCACCACAUCAUGUCCUCUCAGGCUUGGCCAGUGGCCCUGGGAUGGAGCAAAUCAAAAGUAACGGAGGCCUUGCUGGACUGCUGGGGCCCCCUCCCAAGAUGGAGGGGCGAGGCCGUAAGAAGAUAAAAGCUGAGAACGGUGGUGGCUCUCUGUUGGUGGUGCCUUACCCCAUCCUAGCCUCAGGCAACGACCAAUCCUGCCACACCAUCACCCCCAAACAGGGCAAAUGCUACAGGUGUAAAUCGUGCCCGCUGACCUUCUUCUCCAAGUCAGACAUGCAGAUCCACUCCAAGUCCCACACAGAGGCCAAGCCUCACAAGUGUCCUCACUGCUCCAAAUCCUUCGCCAACGCAUCCUACCUGGCCCAGCACCUCCGCAUACACCUGGGCGUCAAACCUUAUCACUGCUCCUACUGCGAGAAAUGCUUCCGCCAGCUUUCCCACCUGCAGCAGCACACCAGGAUUCACACUGGAGAUCGGCCCUAUAAAUGUGCCCAUCCAGGUUGUGAAAAAGCCUUCACUCAGCUCUCCAAUCUGCAGUCUCAUCAGAGACAGCACAACAAAGACAAGCCCUACAAGUGUCCGAACUGCUACCGUGCCUACUCGGACUCUGCCUCACUGCAGAUCCACUUGUCUGCGCAUGCCAUCAAAAACGCCAAGGCCUACUGCUGCAGCAUGUGUGGCAGAGCCUACACCUCAGAGACCUACCUUAUGAAGCACAUGUCCAAACACACGGUGGUGGAACACCUGGUGAGCCAUCACUCUCCACAGAGGACGGAGUCUCCCAGUAUCCCCAUACGGAUCUCCCUCAUCUGAGCACUUCGCCCUGACACCCUACCCCUGACACCCUACCCCUGACACCCUAACCUGACACCCUACCCCUGACACCCUACCCCUGACACCCUACCCCUGACACCCUAACCUGACACCCUACCCCUGACACCCUAACCUGACACCCUACCCCUGACACCCUACCCCUGACACCCUACUCUGACACCCUACCCCUGACACCCUACCCCUGACACCCUACCCCUGACACCCUAACCUGACACCCUACCCCUGACACCCUACUCUGACACCCUACCCCUGACACCCUAACCUGACACCCUACCCCUGACACCCUACCCCUGACACCCUAACCUGACACCCUACCCCUGACACCCUACCCCUGACACCCUACCCUGACACCCUACCCCUGACACCCUACCCCUGACACCCUACCCCUGACACCCUACCCCUGACACCCCUGUAAGGUCACACCCCUCCACUUAAGCGUAAUCAAUCCCAGAUAUUGGCUUUUAUUUGUUUGUUUGUAUACCCCAUGUGGGUUUCAAAAAUGGGUCAAACUGUAUUUGUACCUUAUCAAGAGGUAGACUUUUUUUUCUGUCAUCUAUAUGGUGUGAUUGGGUAAUGUUUGGGACAUCCAAAGAUGAUUUUACAGCACUUUCAGGCCUCAUAGUAUUGGCCAAAAAGGUUUUUAGUCUACUAAGACAAUAAAAGGCAUUGCUCCAGGCAGCUAAAAAGUUAACCAUAGGUGUUAUAAUGCAUUAAAGGACCACUCCUCUGUUUUUCUAUAUUGUCCUUUUCUCUCUUUACGCUUUGCUAAAGUAUAUUUACAUUGGGAACUUUACCUUCCUUUUGGUUAGGUCAACUAAAUCUUGUAUCCAAGCUUUUUUUUUUUGCCACGCCUAAUGUCAAUGUUUGCAUCACUUUUGUUACUUAAAAAGGAAUUGUUCUCAUGUAAGCUUUAUAACGCUUAAGUAUGUCUUUUAGACAACAAUGCACACAAAAGGCUUUCAAAAUGGAGGGCCAAUACCUAUGUUUUAUUGUUGUAGUUUUCAUCUUGUUAAUAUUAUUGUCCAUGGUAUUAAAAAGGACACUGCUUAUGGCAAUCCUGAAAAGCACCAAAUAUAUUUUGAAUCUGAUGUUGGUAUUUGUAGAAACUCAGCAUGUAAGAGUAAAAAUAUUUUGGUGACGUAUUGAAGAAAUGUAGCACAAAGAAUUGUCCAUAAUGGAACUGACAUAUUUGUUGGUUCAAGCCAUUCCAGUACCUGACAGAUUUUUAACAAGAUUUGAAUGGAGGCAGACAAUUCAUUUAAAAUCGAAAUGUAUGAAAUAUCUUAACACACAUUCCAUUAUAUGUAACAUUUCAAUGUGACUCGAUUGAACCCUCUACCAUGUGUCAUGCUGUGGUCAAUUACAUGCAUGAGCUCUGCCUGUGUGCUACAAAGAUUUGUUUGCCGACGUUGAUGAGGAAGGGGUCUCCUCAUAUUUCCUUUUAUCUUACCUAUGAAAUAGGAAUGGAAAGUACAAAUACGAGAAUCCACAGGUUUGAAACCAAAUGAAUGUAAUCCUUCUUAAUUUGUAUAUUUUCCCCGUGUCUGCCAGUGAUGGAUAUGGUGUGCUGUCUGGUAGAAAAUGGCAGAGCACAUUACAAAAUGUGAUACCUCCUGGCCUUUCAUUGGUUAACACCUGUGAAGCUCUUUGCGAAGAACAACAUGUGCUGCCUCCUCACUGUCUCCUUUUCUAUUGAGUGAUUAUUUGUACAUAUAUUCUGCAUCUAUGUCCUGCAGGUUAUUUUAUGCCCUUUAAUGUUUCAAUUGAAAAUGAGUAAAUUCCUGUUUUGGGUGUCUCAUGAAAUAUGUAUAGAUAUCUUUAUGUACAAAAAGACCUCCUUGUGUCUUGUAAUCAUUUUGCUCUCAUGUCUAAAUAUGAAUGAUUAACAUUUUGUUAAUUUUAUACGCAUUUAAGCCUUAACUUGUAUCAUUGUAUUACAUUUUAUUUGUCCCAUAUUGAUGCCUCUCUGUACCCGGUGUUUUAUGCAUUUUAUUUCAUAGCAUGGAAUAUACUGUAAAUAAACUAUAUUAACUGUUAAUCCCUUUUCUAUAGUAAAUGAUUAUAUAGGUCUAGCUAUUAUUACAAAAAUCAUUGUUUCAUUUGUCAUGCAUUGUGGUACCAUGUCCACAUUACACGCAGUCAAGACUUAGAGUGAAUUGACUUUGUGUAAGAAUGAGCAAAAAAUAAAACUAUUCAAAUGUU